AUGGCGCCAAAGAAGCGGGCGAAGGCCAAGGCCAAGGCGAAAGUCAUGGCCAAGGGCAAGGCCAAGGGGAGCCCCCAGAAGCCGGUGGUCGACCCUCUCGGCGAGGAGGACCUCGCGCCGGAUGCGGAUGCAGAGGCUCCAGACGAGGUGGCUCCGACAGAGGAUGGCCCGCCCCAAGCAGCCAGCGAGGCUGCAGAGGGCCAGGGCGAUAUCGACGAGGAGCUGCCAAGGUUUGAGGAUGAGGACGACAUGCCAGUCGUGAACCUGGUGAAGUCCAAGGCAGAGCCCACAGCUUCUCUGAAGCGCUCCAGAGAAGAGGCUGGCGUCGACUUAACGGAAGACGGCGAUGGAGAGGGUGACGUGUGGCAGCAAUUAGAAAACGAGCUUCAGGCACCGUUGAACCUGCCCUUGGCCUGGCCAGCGGCUGACGACGGCUCCAAGCCGACGGAGCCAGUUGUGCACACUGUGGACGACAAGGAGGACUCCGACGACGACUGGGGCUACCUGUGGAAGCAAUCAGGUGUAGACGCCAAACAGACGUCGAACAUCUUGGAAGAGAUCGAGAAGAAUGUGAAAGCGGCCGCUGACUUUCACAAGGAGAAGUGGCAGAAGAAGGAGCAGCCCGAAGAGGAGGAGGCACAGGAGGAUGAAGAAUGGGGCGCGGCGCUGUACGAGACGGAGAAGGAGAAGGAAAUCUCCAAAGAUUUCUGGGUGCCCGACGAGUCGUGGAGUGCCUGGGAGUGCAACUCCAAGGAGGCCGUGGCUGCUCAGCGCCUCGUGCAGAAGAUUCGCAGCCGCGCCGCCAAGAAAGAUACAAAGCAGGAACAGAACAGCGAGCAGGAAGACUUCCCCAACGAGGUCUUGCUUGAGGUCUUGCAGCUCUGGAUUGGCCGGGAGCUUCCCGAGCAGCGCAUGCUGCUGGCGAUGCUGCUCUGGAUCGAGGCGAUCACCGUGGAGGUCCCAAUCGUCCGGCCGGACCUGAACCAGUACGCGAUGCAACUCCUUUCCAAAGAGGAGUUUCAGGUUGCCCUGCGGUCCGCCUGUGAUCACGUCUCCCACGAUGUGCUCUUGGUGAAGGCCGGCGCUCCGAUCCCCGAUGCGCAGCUGCGCAACGACGAGGCUCCCAAGGUGCAGAAGCGCUUGAUCUCAUCGCUGAGCGGCAUGAUGGGGCAUGCAGACUUCACAAUGGAGGAGGACGAUCUUACAUCCAAGUUCGAGGAGAUCUUUGCAGAUCUUCCGCUGUCCUUGCGAGUGGCUUCCCUAGCCCACCUCAACGAGAUGGCUGAGCUGCUGAAGACGCUGUGGGAGACCAAGGAUGAGUUCAUUGAGAUGAUGAAGAAGCUCGCCUCCUUCGACCGGGCCUGUGAGGUGACCUGCCGGCUGACCCUCACGCACGCGAUCGAGCUGGGCAAUCAGGCCCUGAACAAGGACUUCAAAGACUUGCGGGUCUGCAAGGUGGAUUCCUUGAACCGCUUGGGCACCGAGUGGCGGAUUGCCCCGUCGCAGGAACAUCUGAUGCAGUUGCACACGCUGACCAUACAGCGGCAGCUCCAGAUCAUGCUCAGCAUCGAGCGGGACAUCGAGAUCAAGUGGAGCACGCUGUCGAUGAAGGUGAAGGCUCCGGAGGAGUGCAGCAAGCAGAUCCGCGCCUAUCUCAACUUCAGAGACCGGCUCAGGCCCUACCUCCUGGAGGAAGAUCUCGUGGGAGGCAAGCAAGCCAGGGACUUGCAGACGGAGAGCGGGAUGAGCUUGGAGACCAAAGACCUCGCCGGCGUCCGCCAGGGCGUGACGGAGAUUUUGAAGAAGCUGAAGCAAAGGUACCAGUGGAAGCCGAACAUGACCUCCCGCGUCGAGAUCUCCCGUGUGAACUGGGUUGCUCGCCUCUCUGCGAUGAUCCGCCUGGCGAUGAAAACGUCCUGCCUCUUCGCGGAUCAGGAGCUGCGGCAGCUACUGAGGGAAGACGAAAAGAGGAAGCUAGGGAAGGAAGUCUUCGACCAGUACCGGCAAUGGUACAAGCUGGAACGAGGCGAUGGCAUGGCGAUCAAGGGCGUCAAAGUCGCUCCCCCCGACGUCGUGGCCAAGAUUCGCAAGAAGUACGAGGAUUACGGUGUGUUUGUCAACCAGCAGCCGCAAUUCCAGCCCUCCACUCCGGCUGGCCUUGGUGCGGCCAUGACACCUGGAGUUGCAGGCGGCAUGACGCCAGGAUUGAAUCCUGGCACACCGGGUUUGGCCGGGAACCUGACGCCCGGUGGAAAUCGCACGCCCUUCCAGAUGCCAGAGCCGUUUGCCUCUGGCUAUGAGAAGUCUGAGGGCAACACUCCUCAAUGGAAGCCUCCGGAGACGCCAAUGGGGCCUGGACCCAGUUCUGGCACACCUCAGUUCCAGGCGCGGGCAUCCGGAACCCCGGCUGGGCCUCCUCCUCCCACCCCGGCACAGGGCGUCAAGGGAUCCAUGACGCCUCCGGGGCCCGCCGGGCCCGCAGCUUCCACUCCGAACAUCAACCCCUUCACCCCAGCCCAAGGGCCAGGAGGUGCAGGUGCAGCCGGAGCCGGAGCACCAUCGACCCCCUUCGGAGCAUUCGCAGCACCUUUCACCCCGGGGCAAGCGCAGCCCUUCACCCCCGCAGGUGCACCGCCGCUAACCCCAGGUGCUCCACCACGGACACCCUCCAACCUCCCCGGCUCCGCCAAUGCGCCGACCACGCCAGUCGCAGCGCAUCAUAAAGACGAGAAGUCGGUGGUCUUCGAGCAGCGCUGCAGUAGCUCCCUGCUCAUCGCCACGGAGGCCGAGGGCGAACAGGCCGACGUGCAGCCGGCGCCGCCUCCUCCACAGCUCGGAGUCUACGAGCUUCACCAGCAGGAUGCUCGGGAGAUCCUGUACCAAGCCUUGAGGGCUCAGCCGCUGAGUAUGCCCAGUGAAGCGACGGUGUCACAGCACCGGGUGAGUUCUCGCCAGUCCGACGUGGUGAAUUUCUAA